AUGGACCCGUUUUGGCCAGAAUUUUCCAACCUAUCUUCCGCGCGGGGGUCAUAUGAGUCGUUGCUCCCAAUUAACCCUCAGUUUUCCGAGUCCUCCCCCUUGGUCCCUCUCCCCUCCUCUGAGAUAGCCCCAAACGCCCAAAGCCCCCUCAACGAAGAUGGAGAGGGCAGCGAAAAUGGAAGAAAAAAGCGACGACGAAUUCCACCAGACGCUAGAAGAGUGCUAGAAGAGUGCUUUGAGCGUCACCGGGAAGACCCCUACGUUCCGCAAGACGAAGCAAAGAACUUGGCCGCACGGACAGGCCUCUCGUUGAAACAAGUGAGGACAUUCUUUGCUAAUGCGAGGGCAAGAAAGCUACCACCUCCUUCUUCCCACAAUACAUCAUCAGGUGGAACACACAGUAUGGACAUCCCAGGAUCCACGACUGGCAGCUCGCAGAAGGACCCUAUGGAGCGAUUCUUGUCUAGCUCUCCAGAAGACGAGGGAAUCUCAGAGGAUGCCGUGCAACGUGCAGCAGAGUCACUCAGCCCAACAAACUCAUCAUCUCCAAGCUUACGGAGACACCCAGGGGUUGCGGACACAAUGUCAGUGUCGGACGCUACGUUCAGCAGCAGCUCUAGAUCUAGCUCUUCACAAGCUAGCAUCGACUCUACCAACAGCCGAGGACCUCGUCGUGGCCGAAAAAGACAAAGAGAGCACUCGAUGAAGGAUAUCACAAACAUUCUUCGUGAACCUUCCGACCCAUACAAGAUAUAUCAAUGCACAUUUUGCACGUCGGAUUUCUCGCAGAAGUAUGACUGGCGAAGGCAUGAAGAGUCCGUACACUUCCCCCAGAAGGAAUGGGUGUGCAUCCCCGAUGGGCCAACAUACGAUCUUGCCGAAGGCGGAAUACGAUGUGCAUUUUGCGACGAGAAUGAACCCAGCAACGAUCACUUCGACCUCCAUAACUGCGCUGCUUGUAUCUCCGCUCCUCGCUUCCAGCAGACUUUUACCCGAAAAGACAAGUUACAACAACAUCUUGUCCAAGUGCAUCGACUCGCCCAGUUUUCGAAAACGACACAAUCAUGGCAUCGACCUAUCGAACGCAAAAUUACAUUAGCUUGCGGUCUCUGCGGAUCCGUUCUUGCAGACUGGCAGACCAGAGCAGACCAUAUAGCUUCACACUUCAGUGAUGGUGUCGGAAUGGAUUUGUGGCUCUCGGAUCCAGGAGGGAUCAUGCCCUACGCUCUUGUCGAUGAGAAUAUCAAGCAACGAUAUGAGAUA